AUGGACAGGUUUUUGAAACACAAAAAAGCUGCUUCAUCGGAUUUACCAGAAGGCCCAGAGGCUGAAGCAGGUACUAGUGGUAUUAGCAGUACCAGCAAGGAUACGACUGCUAAUACAAGAACCGAAUAUAUAAGUUUCUCAUCAUCUGAUUCUGAGGAAGAAUCUCAUCACUCUAGAACUAAAUCAGCAGAAGUUACAAUGAUGGAUUCAGAAACACAUAUGGCUGCUAUUGACCGAGUUUUGGAGAAUUGGGAAGCCCUUAGAUUGUUUUUUCAGAGUGAAUACUUGGAAGAAGAACUCCAAGCUGCCAAAGAUCUUAUGGAAUCCCUCGAAAAUCCUAUUUUCAAGGUUUAUAUAACUUUUUUAUCCUAUGUAUUAGAGCAAGUUAAUAAAUUAAAUUUAGAAUUUCAAGCAGAAAAACCAAAACUACACCUUCUCUUAAAAAGAACUAGCGAUUUAUAUAGAUCAAUAUUAAGAAACUAUGUUAAACAGUUAUUGAUAGCCACGGAUUAA